AUGGAUCAGUUGGAGCAAAACCAAGCUGCUAUGAGGGAGGAUAUGACCACUGUGAAGGCUCAGAUGGGUCAACUUGUUGAAGCCCUACAACCUCUGGCUAGGGGACAAGAGAAAAUGCGUCAGGCUAAUCUGAGAGUCUCUGUUGCCAACCCUGUUGUUGUGACUAUACCGGUGAAUCCACCAGGAGGAGCUGGUACGCCUGCUGUAGCUCAGCCACCUCCCGAAAGAGGUUUGAUGUAUCAAAAUGCUAAUCAGACGUUCAAUAUCCCCGCCAAUGGGAGAUUCCAACCUGAGAUUGACGAUCAGCUGGACGCUUUCUUCACUACAAAGGUUAACUCAGUUUAUGAAGCUUUUGGGCAUUCUCCUGUUGACCUCGAAAGGAGAUUUCAAAUGAUGGAGGAGAGAUUCAAGGCGAUGCAAGGUCCUGAUACCUUUGGGUUGGAUGCUGCCAAGAUGUGCCUAGUGCCAGAUGUGAAAAUUCCUCCCAAGUUCAAAGUCCCGAGCUUAGAAAAGUAUCAAGGGAACAGUCUUAGUGGAGCUUCUCUGGAAUGGUAUAUGCAGCUCGAACGCACGCAUAUACGAACAUGGAGAGAACUUGCUGAAGCUUUCUUGAAGCAUUAUCAGUAUAACUCAGACAUGGCUCCCAAUCGGACUCAGCUCCAAAGCCUUUCUCAGAAGCCGGAUGAAUCGUUCAAAGAGUACGCUCAACGAUGGAGAGACCUAGCUGCCAGGGUUCAACCCCCACUUCUUGAAAGAGAGUUGAUAAACAUGUUCGUGGAUACCCUUCAAGGGCUGUAUUUUGUAAAAAUAAUUGGGAGUACCACCUCGGGAUUCUCAGACUUAGUCAUUAUCGGCGAGCGAAUUGAGAAUGGCAUGAAGAUCGGCAAGAUACAAGACAUGACAGCUGCGGCUAGUGGAGCGAAGAAACCUCAUUCCGGAUUCUCAAAGAAGAAGGAAGGAGAGACCAAUGCAAUCGCUAAAGGGGGAGAUGGAGGUUAUCAAAUGCCAUACUAUCCGGUGGCAGUAGUAACACCUAACCCAUAUCCGCAGCCAGCGUAUGUCAUUCCAACUGGUCCUCUAGCGAUGCAAUAUCAGCAGCCCUACGCUCCUCAGUAA